CAGUAAUGCGCAAUGUAAGAAAAUUUGGGACGACUUCUGUGGUAGCGCACUACUGGCGAAGAUGCCUGGGAGGUCGAUGAGCUAUAUCGGAGACAUCUCGGACAACGGCGCACCUCCAGGGUGCACUGCUCGAGUUGGAAAUGAUAACAGCGUGCAAGGCCUGUUCAACACAGCUCCAGGAGUUAUGAGAAAGGACCGAGUUCUUGUAGUGGCUGGCACUUCGACUUCUUGCUAUCGGGAAUAUCGUCAGUCUCUUCAAGGUUCAAUCUGUUUUUUUUCUCUUCAAGGUUCAAUCUGUUUUCCUCCCUACUCACACAACGCUUAGCACUUCCGACGUGGAACAAAAUUCCCUGAAGAGAAGAAGAUGAAGCACACCAAUGCGAGGAACAGACAACAGUGAACAUCCACCUUUCAUCUCCACAAAUGCUGCUGCCGCGAUUGCGAUUACUAAUGAGCAGGAUAGGAUCAUUUGUACUGAGGGACCUCCAAGCGACGCGAUUCCUUGCAGCGAGAGCGACACAGAGGAAGUAGAUGCCUCAAUUAUGGUCUCGCAAAAUCACUGGUUCCACUCUCUUUCAUCGUAGGAACAAAUCAGACGCACCAUGUCUACUUGGAAGGGCCGCCUUGUGAGUUGUUUUUUGAAUUCGACCAGAUCCUUAACCAAAGCAUCUUUCUAACGAAAGGUAUUUCGUUGCACCGACUGGCUCUACUGUUUGCCCGAGUGACAGUGUUACUUUGGCUUUCCCGCUUCCAGGUGAUGCAGACAAUGCGGCUCUGUGUUAUGAAGACGGGGUUAUUGUCAUACGGAGUUUUUUUCUUUUUGUUUUGUUGAGUUACCACCAGUAUAGAAUUCUCACCUAGAUGAAGAUAGAAGGUGCUGAUCUACUUCUUGAUCCCUCUUGUUAAAAGUCUAAAGGCUGUCAUCAACUUCUUUUACUCAUCUAAUCCUCUCGCGAUAUUUCCGCGAGACAAUGCGCGCCAGCGUUGCGCAGGGCCCUCCCGGAAUACAACGUGGACUUUUCUG